GCCGUAUUUAAGCGCUCAGAGCUCGGCCUCCGGGUUCGGUGUCGCAGGCGCUCGCCCACGCGGUGCGCACCGGGGCGCCAGGUACAGCGUGGAAAGCCGGGCGAGCGUCUCAGCCCUCGCUAGCUGGACCUGGACCCCAGACCAGUGGGCAACGCUGCCAAAACCCGCAAAGUCGAGCGAGGGACAACGGAACACCGGAUUCAAGCGCGGCUCUACCUAAAAGUCCUGGAAGCUGGAGAAGGGGCGGCGAGCGCGCGUCAGUGCAAGCCUGGCUCUGCUCCCGACCGUCACUGCGACCGCGGGCGCAGGAAGGAUGUGAGUGGAGGCCGGGGCGAAGCCCGGUUCCCAGGCCUUCUGUGGCCCUCACUCAGAGCCCACGAUUCAGAGGGAAGGGUAACUCUCUGCCUUGCCACCCGUCCUGCGUUCCCGCCUCCACGGCUCCCAAGCUCACAAAACCGAGGACAGCUGACAUCCUGGAGAUGAGCGUAAAAGACAUCUGCAGCGCCUACACGGCCCGGUGACAGCUGGGGUCACUGCGUGGAGGACUGUGACAGUGUGUCGCAGUACUGUUAUUUGGAGUUGAAUUGGAAAUAGGGGAAACGGAAGUAGAUAUCUCACUCAGAAGAAUGAAGUAGAAGAAGCUGGAAGAAGCAAAGUCUGUCCCGUGGUUCUUCCAGAUAGAAAUGGACUGCCAGGGAGGGGGCAGGUGCUACAAGGUCAGGCAGGAUGGUGGCAGUGUGUGCUACUUAGUACAUGGAUCCUGGAUUUGUGAAGACCCUGCCUGGCCCAAAGUCUUGCCGUCACUCCAGCACCGUUGCUGAUGUGCAAUGGACAACUUCCAGUACAGCGUCCAGCUCAGCGAUCGGGAGUGGGCCGAGUUUUCAGCCACUGCUGAUGAGUGUGGCCUCUUGCAGGCUGACCUGGCCUCUGGUGACGAGCCCUUGUCCAGUGACAUUGACCAAGGGGACAGCAGUGGAAGCAGCCCCCCUGGGCCCCCACCCCUCUUCACUGGGCAGCUGGUUUCCCAAGGGAGGGGACAACAGAGCCGUGAGUUGGAGGACGUGGCUGCUCAGCAGCUGGUCAGCAGGUCUCAGUGUGAGCCUGUCCUGGCUCUGGAGGCCAGUCAUCAGGUAGCCGGCACGUCCACACAGUCAGAGGCCCCUCUGUUCCCCAGCUUAGACAGUGUCUGUCCUGGCCAGGCCUUGUCCUUUCCAGGGCCGGCAACUUGCAGAGACAAGAUGCAGAGGCUUUUGCAAGGCCCUGCCCCUAGCUCUCCCAGUAAAGCCCCUCAUAGUCCUGAGUCCCCUGGCCAUAGCGACAACCCUCAGAGUUCCCCUGACAGCCUCGAAGCUUCACCGCGGAACCCUGGUCGUAAGAAGAGGCGUGCUGUAGGUGCCAAGGGGACCAAGCACUCCGGAUCUCUGGACUCUGCUGCUACCCAGAUGAGCUCCCCACAGCUUACCAGGCCCAAGGAGGCUCUCAUGUCUGGGACACUGAUGGCAAAAGCCCAGCAGGAUAAGCCACAGCCUGACUCCACGAGUCCUGAACAGAUGGCCAGAGAGGAGUCAGGCUUGGAUCUUUCUACACCUAUUCUGAUAACUGAACAAGAUCAGAUCAGAAAGACAUCCAGAGCUGCGUUACAUGUGGUAUCCAAACCUGUCCAGGAAGUUCACCCAGAUGUCCCCAUGGCCUCACCAAAUGUGUCUACACGUGCCUCCAAGCCUCAACCCGACGUGGCUUUGCCUAAACCUGCCUCCAAGCCGCAGUCUGACAUAGCUUCGUCUACACAUCCCUUCACGCCUGACGUGUCUUUGUCCACACUUGCCUUCAAAUGUCAACCCAAUACAAAUCAGUCUACACCCGCCUCUGAGCCUGACAUGGCUUUGUCUACACCUGCCUCUGAGCCUGACACGGCUUUGUCUACACCCGCCUCUGAGCCUGACACGGCUUUGUCUACACCCGCCUCUGAGCCUGACACGGCUUUGUCUACACCCGCCUCUAGGUCGCAACUGGUGAAGGCUGAAUUUGCGUCUGCUUGCACACCUGGAUUGCAUGUGGACCUCUCUGCAGCAGGCUCAGAGAUCAAGCCAGAAGUUUCUUCCUCUAUGCCUGCCGCAGUGGAUGUGCUUCGUACAGAUCUGCCUCGUUCUGUUUCAAAGACUGAGUCUAAAGAGAGUGUGUCUAUACCUGUUAAGCCUUCUUUAUCCCCUAUUUCCCAGGCUGAAGCUGCCAUGGUGGAUACAGGUGUGUCUGUACCUCCAGGGGGAAGCAUUGAGAAGCCAGCAGGGCAGUUCUCAGCAGGGUCCUCAGGAGAGUCCUGCCUAGGUCCCGUCCAAGCCCCCAAGAAGAAGAAAGUACGAUUUUCCAUGGCUAUCCCCAGCCAUGAAGACUCAGGGUCAGGGGAGCCUACAGGUUCACCCUUCCUAACCCCGGAGCAGCCCCCAGUUCCCAGGACAGCAGCAGGAAGCCGUGGGGGGUCUGCAGCCUGGGAUGCUGUGGCUGUCGCGCCCCGACUCCCCCAGCCUCGGAUCCUCAAGCACCUGCCUCCUCCUGUAUCCUCUGUAUCAGCAGAGGCUGAGUCUGGAAACUGCUUUGCAGUGACUCUCCCUGAGGCCUACGAGUUCUUCUUCUGUGACACCAUUGAGGAGGAAGAUGAAGACGUAGAGGACGAAGAGGCAGCCAGCCAAGCCCUGGAUGAAGUCCAAUGGCCUGACACAUGCGAGUUUUUUUUUCGGGAUAGCAGAGCCCAAAGAUCAAGAUGUCAGAGGGGACACUCUCCAGUCUCACCACCAAGAGCAGACACCGUGGCACCUGUCCCCCCUGAAGGCUUGGUGCCUAUUUCCAUCCCUGAGGUCUAUGAACACUUCUUCACUGAGGAAGGAUUUGGGCACAGACAGCCUGCGGCCACUCCUAUGCAGACCUCAGAGCUUUCCAGGGAAGGAGGGCUUGAGGCAUCCACCAAGCCUGUUUCACCUACAGCGGAACAUCUUAGCUUAACAGUCAGGAAGGCAGGGGAACUACGGAGCCCCCUCACUUCAUUUACGUUCAGUCAAAACGACAUGUGCCUGGUGUUUGUUGCCUUUGCCACUUGGGCUGUGAGAACCUCAGAUCUACAAGCCCCAGAUGCUUGGAAAACAGUCUUGCUCGCCAACAUUGGCACCAUCUCUGCUAUCCGCUACUUCCGCCGUCAGGUUGGGAGAGGCCAUAGUGGCAGACCGAGAUCCAGUUCCAGCUCAAACCCCAGCUGCUAGGAGCCAGGCUGGCCUGGUGAAGCAUGGAGCACGAAGACGAACCCAGGUGACAAGGACAAGAUGUUGCUCUUCUCUCCACUCUUUGAUCCCUGUCUUCUAAGGCAUGUAGGAAGGAGACAGUGCCCUUGGUACUGAUUUACUUAGACUCAACCUAAGGGUCCAGUCACUGACUAAGGCCAAGGGCAUUUUCCAUACCUGAAAGUGGGCACUAAGCAAGGAGCUGGGUAAUAGGAUAUCAGAAUUGCAAGGAAAAACUACAGGGCACCUAGCAAAUUUGAAUUUACAUGAAAUUCCUGAAAUGUACUUAUAUGAAGAAAUGGGCACCCUGCCUUUUGUCUGAUCAUAAAUAAAAAUGAGCAGCAGAAGAGGGCUCUACAGUAAGUGUCAAAGCAACAAGGCCCCUCUGGACAUGUCUAGGCCGAGAUGAGGCUACCAAGUGUCUUCAAAGCUAGAGGGAGGCAGUCUGCCCUAUUGAAAGGCAGGCUUGGCUGGCUAGGGCCUCCAAGGCCCUGAUCCCUGAUCCCUGCACAGCUUGUGCAAGCCUGGCCUAAGUCAGUGACUAGGUUCUAGGGCAGUGGUUCUCAGCCUUCCUAAUGGUGAACCCUUUAAUAGUUUCUCCUGUUGUAGUACUCCUCAACCAUAAUAUUAUUUUCAUUGUGACUUCAUAACUGAAAUUUUGCUACUGUUAUGAAUCAUAAUAUAAAUAUUUUUGGAGCUAGAGGGUUCUGUGCCACAGGUUGAAAACCAUUGCUCUAGGGUAUGCUCCAGGGGUGGUUUCUGGGGCUUCUGCAAUGUGGGAUCUAUGGGGCAGGGUUGGAUAUUCUCCAAGAGCCCCGGACAGGAUAUCCAUAGAAUGUAAUAGCAUCCUAUGGAAGGAUUGCCUCCUGAUACUAAAGGGAGCUUGAAGGAAGCCAAGGUUGGGAGAAGUUGCAGAGUGGGAAGGUAGGCGAAGGGACUGAGGUGACACAGUGAUAGUCAGUUCAGGGUGGGGUUCUACCCAAGAUAGCAGAUAAAGGUCCUUAGGAUGGUGGAUUACUCUGGCUGCUCAGAGGGGAACACAGCACCAAUAAAAUCUCUUUCUCGUUUA